AUGGAUACAAUUCGAUUAUUUCUUCGUUCAAAUAGUUUUCGAAAUUUACGCAUAAAAAACGAUUUCAACAAUGAAAUAUUACCAAUAAGAUCAAAUAUAAUUAAUAUAGAAAAAGAAAAUUUAUUAAUUGAAAAUGAAAAAAAUCAAAUAUUAACAAAACGAAAUUCAUCAAGUGAAAAAUUAUCUUCUAAUAAUAUUAAAUCAUUUUCAUCAACAGAUCCAUCAUCAAGUUCAUUAUCUUCAAAUUCUCCAAUAGUUUCAUCAAAUUCAUUAUUAAAUAAUACAAAACAUAACAAUAUCAUUGCAAAUGCAUCAUCAUCAUCAUCAUCAUCAUCAAUAUCAAAUGUACGUUCAUUUACAUAUGAAAAUUCUUCAAAAGAACGUCGUCAUAAAAAACAACGAAGACAUUCAUCAAUUGUUCAACAAAAUCUUCAUCAUUUAUCAUCAUUAUCAUACACCAUGAGACGAACAAAAUCAUAUCGAAUAAGAAAAUAUUCAACCGAAAAAAUGAAACAUCGAAUUAUUCAACCUUUUCAAUCAACUUAUCGUCAAAGAAAUGAAGAAUUUCGAAAAGUCUUUAAAGAUGUACCAAAUGAUGAACGAUUAAUUGUUGAUUAUUCAUGUGCAUGGCAAAAAGAAAUCUUAAUCCAAGGUCGAAUGUAUAUAUCACAAAAUUAUUUAUGUUUUUAUGCUAAUUUUCUUAAAUGGGAAACAAGUUUAUGUUUAAAAUUUAAAGAUAUUAUUGGUGUAACACGAGAAAAAACAGCUAAAGUUAUUCCAAAUGCAAUUGAAGUUCGUACAAAUAAAAAUGAAAAAUAUUUUUUUGCAAGUUUUGCAACACGUGAUAAAACAUAUGCAAUGAUUUUUCGAAUAUGGCAAACUGUAUUAAUUGAUCAACCAAUAUCAUCUCAACAAUUAUGGAAUAUGAUUCAUCAAUGUUAUGGAGAUGAUUUAGAUAUGACAACUGAUGAAGAAGAUACUUAUAAUAAACAAUCAAUUAGUUCUACAUCUGAAAAAAAUUCUCCAAUACAACAAACAAAAAAUGAAACAAAUGAUAAAUAUUGUGGUGUCACACCAAAUUCAGUUUGUUCAAAAUCUAGUGAAAAAGAAGAAAUCGACGAUCAUUCGAGUGUAUCAUCUUGUGGUGGACGUCAAAUAGAUGAUGAUAGUUAUAAUGAUAUUGAUGAUAAUCAAAAUGUAAUACCUAUUGGUGAAGAAGCAAAUAGCAAUACACUUAUUCGUCAAUCAAAUUCAAAUAUAAAUAAACAAGAUAAUUGUUUUAUAUCAAUGGCAGUUGUUCCAGAAACAAAUUAUCUUUCAAAAUGUUCAUGUCAAUCCCAUUUAGCUACUCAAUUAAUUGAUCGAACAUAUUCAAUAUCAGUUGAACGUCUUUUUGAUUAUUUAUUUGGUGAUAAUGAUUUUGUUGUUGCUUAUCAUGCAUCACGUCGUAUUAAAGAUUAUAAUGCUACUGAAUGGAAAGUAAAUGAAAAAACAGGCAAACGAGAACGUCUAUGUACUUAUAAAGUUGAUGUUUCUGCAGUUUUCGGUGCAACAACAAUUUGUUCAAAUGAAAAACAAAUUAUUCAAUGUGAAUUAUCAAAAUCACAUUAUAUAAUUGAUACUGAAGUUCGAAAUGAAGGAAUAAAAUAUGCUGAUGCUUUUUUUAUUGCAUCUCGUUAUUGUCUUAUACAAACUGGACCAAAUAAAUCACAUUUAAAAGUCACUUGUGAAGUUAGAUACCUUAGAAGUUUAAUGAUUAUUAUUAAAUCGUUCAUCGAAAAAAAUGCUAUGGCUGCUCUUCAAGAUUCUUAUACAGAUUUGAAUAAUCGAAUCGAACUAUCAACAUCAACAGUAAAACGUAUGGAAGUUGAAUGUUCGAGACGUCAACGACGUUCGAGUACAACAAUAAAUAAUGAACAAGAUAAAGAAAAUCAAUUAAAAAAGAAACAUUCACAAAAACAACAAUCAACUAAAUUAAAUUCUACCAUCAAUGAUUCUUCACCACAUCAACAACGAAAACAAGCCACUCACAAUGAAACUAUCCAUCAUACUCAAAAUGCAAAAUUAGUUUUAUCAUCUUCAUCGAAUUGUUUAUCUUCCUCAGAAUGGUCAAAAAGCAAUGUAUUAAUUCCAUUUUGUUUCAUCAUAAUGUUAAUCCUUGUUAGUGUGAAUAUAUUUUUAUGUAUUAAAUUAAAUGAAAUCGAUCAAAUGACUGAUCGUCUUUCAAAAAAUUAUCCAUUAUGGUCGUAUGGAUAUCCAUAUCCAAAAGAAGAAUAUCAAUGGUCUUUAUUAUUAAAAAGACAAGAAGAAUAUUAUCAAGCUAAAUUAACUGGUCUUCAUUCUGUCUUAAUAUCAACUCAUAAUGCAUUAAAAAAUGUCACAGAUGCUCUAAAUGAAUUAACAAAAGUGAGCAGGGAAACAAGUUCAAAUGCACCUAUUAAUCAUCUUCAUUCACUCUAG